ACAAAGCAUCUUCUCUCUCACGUAAUAGUCGACAUGAGCAAUCACACUCUCGAUUACAGAGAAUCAAGACUCAAAACUAUCUUUGCUUUACCUUCACCCCCGAUUCUCUUUUGGCUCGUGACUCUGACUUUAUCUUCUUCACAGACUCCAAGCUUCAUCUUCAUCUUCAAUUAUGGAGCUUCAUCUUCGAGUUUCGAUCAAAGCAACGAAUUUUGCAAAACCUUGAAGUUACCUGCAAGGUAUUGUGAUACUUCAAAAGAGCCAUCAGACAAGCCAAAACUGAUCAUCCAAUGUUCAAAGCUAGAUUAUGUUGAAAAUGUUGCUUGCAUUUUAGGUACUGAGGAGUUUGGUGAAAUAGAGAAUUCACACCUUGGAAGUGUUGUAAAACUGGCUAGAAAGAAUAACAUUCAAUUUUCAGGAGAGCUUCUCCCUUGUAUUAUAAGAGUUAUAUAGGUUUAGAAAUCAACUAAAAGAGUCUAUAACCAUUUAAAAAGGCUUAUAAAACAAUUUAUAAAGGUUUGUAUAAUAACUUAUAAGGGUUUAUAAGGGUAUGUAAAUAAUUUAUAAGGGUUUAUAA